AUGGGUAAAAUUAGUACCGUAUUGGAUAAAAAACUUAAUAAUUAUCUAUCUGAUUUCGUGGAAAGUUUUAGAAAAGCAUUGAAGGAUGACGUCAAAAACCUAGUUCAAGCUGAGAUGGACUCAGUCGUGCAGCAGCUUAAAGACGACUUUACUGUAACCACUAACUUUAUAUGUGAUGAACAGUCUUCCCUAAAGCAAGAAAUUGAAAAUAAGAGUCACAUAAUAAAACACCUAGAAUCUGCAACACUUCGAUUUCAAAAGGAGAUUAAUGUUCUGACCAAUCGUUUAACAUCAAUCGAAAAAAUUUCCCGUCGCCAAAAUUUAGAAAUUCAGUUAGUACCAGAAAGUCGAACUGAAAAUCCAAUGCUGUUAUUCCGCAACCUGUGUAAACAGUAA